GCCACUUCAUAAAUCAGCGCCCACCUACAUCCCUCCCCCUCAUCCUCUCUUCACUGCUCAUUCCCAACACCAUGUCCUUCUACGUCAUUGCAAGCAUGCGCGCCGUGUCGGCGCAGGCGGCCGACGAGCUCGCCGUUCUCUUCACCGCUUGCCGUGAGCACGCGGAGAAGCACGAGCCCGGAACUCUCCAGUACCAGCCUGUGCGCGACAUGCAGGACCCUCUCAAGUUCAAGGUGUUUGAGCAGUACGCCGGCCCCGAGGCCGUGGCUGCCCACACCAAGACGGACGUCUACCGCGCCCUCGGGCGUGCGGGCAAGACCCUCUUCGAAGGCGGCAGCAAGGGUAUCACCAUUGAGCGUUUCCAGGCCGUCGACGCCAAGGGCAAGCUCUAGAUUAGACGAUGCGGAGAUGCAGCAGCGAGACACUAUUUACAGGGUG